GUUAUUUCAGAAUCUUUCAUAGAGAGGGAAUGUCUUUUAUCGUUAACCCCAACAUCAUUUGAUUUCCUGUCGCUAAUAAAUAGGUGUGAAUUAGAUUUGAACCUUGAGAUGGUUCAAUCUUCCCCCUGAUUGUAACCAACCAACCAGAAAGCUCUCUGGUCUUUUUUCACCACUGACAAGUUAAAGCCACCCCUCCAACUCUGUUAGGCCAAUUAUGACUAUGGACGAUCAAGUAGGUGGGCCAAGUCAUCUUUUUAUAAAGCCUACAGAAGUUAAACCUUCCCCAAGACUCCAUUCAGCUGCUGACUGACCAACACAAUUCUACUCUCUGACCAUUUCAAGAGCCGGAGGCAGCACCAACCCGUCAGCCUCCCGCCAUCCCGCCAUCAGCUCUCCAAGCCUGCUCCAGUCAUGUGGACUCCAGGCCUGCUGUUCCUGCUGUUGACGUCUUUCUGCCUUGCUGUCCUAAGUGCUCCGCCGGACACUUCGACGGAGAUCGCUCUUGACAAGGGACAUCUGAAGCGAAAAGAUCAAAUCAAGAAUGCCGUAAAUGAGCUUUCUACCUGGUUUAAGAAAAAUCACAUGGUGAUAGGAACGCUCCUUAAGGAUAAUGUAGGCGUGAUACCAGGAGUUGGGCCAAUCCUCGCUCAAGUGAUGAACACCCUGCUGGUGCUAGCGCCAAAAGCAGAGACACUGGAAGCUAUCAACUCUGAUCUUAAAGUUCUUAAUAUUAAGAUUGACAACUUUCAUUCAGAAAUGAAAUGGGACGCCUGGGCCGCUGGUGCCUACCAAACCACAGUGAACAACAUCGAGAGAGCCUGGAUUAAAUACACGGAGCUCGUGCAAAGUUAUCACAAAAGUACGAAUACAGAAAAGGAGGCGCUCAAAAAGAUUUAUUUCACAUUCUACAGCGAGUAUACCGAGAGCACCUUGGUCCUGCAGCAAUUCUUGACAGCUGAACCAGGAUCUAUAACACAAAACCUUGGAGACGCACUGGCUGAAAGAUUAAGGUGUCAUGAAAAAGAUGUCAACGCACAGUUUUUGUAUUUGAAUAAACUUAUGUGUAAAGGCAAUGUACUCAAUGAAAAGUACCACCAAUUCAAAGGCACCGAUGCCAGUGUUAACGCCGCCCUACAGAUUGCGUCCCAAUCUGCCUCGGCUUUGAUGAAAUCACACCAGAGAUGCUUAUCGGACAGUUCUGCUUACAUAGAAAGGGACAUUUUUGAGCGCAUUGAUGGAACCAAAAAUCAUCAAGAGAUAGCAAACAGUGUCAGGGAUUUUUUGGGUAAAACAUACGACAGGUAUGACUGGAUGGUUGUUGCAUUUACGACCAUCCACUCAAAGCAUGACCUACAGUUACUGAACAGGCAUGCGUUUUCAGGGUUUACUGAGGUAGAGAGAGGGUCAGUCACAGUGGCUGUAGCCAAACAGGUGAAAGGGGGUCACACCAAGACUGCCGCUGUUAAACACGCUAUUGAUAAGUGUAUGCUGCAGCAGGUUGAAAUCUGCUUUAAUGUAAUAAAGAAACUUGGGGAAUGUCAGGAAAACAUUUUUGGAAAACGCUUAUCUCAAACAUUUACAGCAGUGCAUGCUUAUAAAAAAAAGAGUCAAACUGCCACCAGUGGCGUGGAAGCACCAAAUGAGAACGACUUUGCAAUCCCACAAAGUGCAUCUCUUACCCCCCACCUCUACACAGGGAAAUGUGGAAAGUCCUUAGGGAAGUUUAUGGUCCUUAUUAAAAGUGACAAAGAGCUCCUGAGAAAAGAAGAUCUCUGCUCCAGUGUAAACUGUGGGGAAAAAGGCAAGUGUGUUGUUGUGCCAGAAACGUUCAUAACAAUGUGUGAGUGCCAGUACCCAUACUAUGGUGAGCGCUGUGACACGAGCUUAGAGAGUUACAAGAGACUCCUCCAGCAGGAACCGACACGCAGCACCCAAACCCAAGAACGAGGUCCGAAAAGCAAACCAGUGCCUCCCGCUCAGAAGAGCACCUCCAAAAGCUCUGCUGACCGUAGGUCUCGGAAGAGCACCCCCAAAAGCUCAGCUGACCGUAGGUCUCAGAAAAGCAAGUCCCAAAGCUCUACUGACCGUAGGUCUCGGAAGAGCACCCCCAAAAGCUCUGCUGACCGUAGGUCUCAGAAGAGCACCCCCAAAAGCUCUGCUGACCGUAGGUCUCAGAAGAGCAAGUCCAAAAGCUCUACUGACCGUAGGUCUCGGAAGAGCACCCCAAAAAGCUCAGCUGACCGUAGGUCUCAGAAGAGCAAGUCCCAAAGCUCUGCUGACCGUAGGUCUCGGAAGAGCACCCCAGAGCGCUCUGCACAAGGACGUGAUAUCAAGUCGUUUUGUGGUUCUCAGUGUGAAGAUGUCGACUGAAUGUUGACACGCUGAUGGACGGGAGGUAAACGGAUUAGCUUACCAUCUCAGUAAAUUAACAAUGAUAAAGGUUUUGAGAAAAUAGUACCGGAAGAUACACAUUUGUACGAUUGAAAUGUGUAAAAACAUAUUCACGAUAUUAUUCACUUUUAAAAUGUAACAUGUAAAAUAUGCACUUACACUUUUGUGGGACAUGUGUUAGCUAUUGAACAUAAUAAUAUUGUAUAGAAAAGUAGAAAACAAGUGAGAUUCUUUCCCUAACUCUUACUUUAAAGCUUACAUUUCUAGCUAAUGAAAUGUUAUUUCAAAGUAAUUACUGCCUUUGCUUCGCUAAAAUAAAUGUUAUAAAGAUAAAGGUCAAAGUCUUUUGCUAAAAUGAAAAAAGUUUGAAUCAAUGGAAUUGAAUCUGUCUCAUUGACAUGUAAGGGCUCCAUUUGUAAAUGCUAUUAUAUGUGCACAUGUUGUUCUCAUCUUAUGUGUGAUACAUCAUUGUAAUGAAGAAGAUAAACAAUGUUUGAGAUACUAUGUGGCUUCAUAAUAACAUCAUAAUAAAAAUAUUAAACAGUUUUAAGUUUGGGACCAAUUCGUAUUCAGUUCUCGGCAGCGGUGCCUUCAGCUUGUUUAAAAAAGAACAAAUAAAACACAGCUGCCUGAGUAGGGCACACAUCAUGGCUACAUGUUUUAACCCUUGUGUUGCCUUCGGGUCAUUUUUACCCGAAUCAAUAUUACACCCUCCCCCCGCCUAUGGGUCAUUUUGACCCGAUUCAAUGUUUCACCCUCCUGUUACCUUUAUAUUUACUAACAUAUUUUACCCUUUGUGUUCAAUUUGACGCCAGCAAUUAAAACCUCCAGAAAAUUAUUAGAAUUAAUAUUGUUUUCCAAGUUUAAGUGUGAGGCACUUUGUUUGUUUGUUGACUACCGAAAGAACACCGACAUUAAACAUUGAAUGGGGUCAAAUUAAUCCGAAGGCGGGGGGAGGGUAUAAUAUUGAUUCGGGUCAAAAUGACCCGAAGGCAACACAAGGGUUAAUGCUAACAUUUGCUAAUUGCACUAAACACACACAAACAGCUGAGGCUGAUUGCCUUAUUUCAGCAAGUGUAUCAACUUGUACAAAUUGAUGACUGAUCCCACAAAGUUAUUACACUUAAUUACUUAAAUAAAACACAUAUCCGUUCCACAUUUCACAAUAAUUCAUCCGACCCGUAUAGAGAUGCUGCACCACAAACAGAACCACGAAAAUAAAAGUAAAACCAUCACCAAAGCCGUUCAAAUGAAUCCUCAGUGGACCAUGGAUGUACUUUCUUUUUUAAUGGCAAUCCAAUUAUUAGCUGAUAGUGAUGGACUGACACGACCGUCCCUUGAGCAGCUAUUGUGGCUUAAAACUGAUCAAGUGAUGCUUGUCAUGUUUUUAAGUAACAACUCAGCACUUCUUAAAUGAAAUGGGGUAAUUUUACUUGAGAAGCACAACAAUCCCAAAGAGCUCACAGCACGAAUGCGAGCUAUACUUCAGCAAAAUAACCGUCGUUUGAUGAGGGUGCUUGUUUAAGUCAGCCAUGAACACAAAAACUGCAUAUGUAUAAUAAAUUACAGUGUUUUCCCAACAGGGGUUCAAUAUGCAAAACCUCUGUAAUUAUGUGGCAUUAUGGAAUCCAGUGGAUAUUAAUCGAAGCCGACCGCGGCCUCUGUUCUCUGCUCAGAAGCACAGCGGCAUACUGAGGGAGUGUUUCAUACUGAAAAAGGAGCGGGUUGGAGGAUGAGGCAAGACCUGUCCUGUCUUUGCAUCAUACUGGAACAACAUAUUUAUAUAUUUAAAUCAUCAUUUAAUUUUUAAAAGAGAUCUGAUUUCUAAAAAUGUAUCUUUAAAUGCAACUCGCCC